CUUUUUCGCGAGCUUCUCAAAGUUGUUCAAGUUAUAUCAUUUACCAAAAAAAGAAAAGAAAGAGUUCUGACCAUGGCUUCAUCACUUUUUAUGCCUUCAUCCAUAGUGGAAGAAGAAGCGAGGUUCGAAGCAGAAGUGGCAGAGGUGCAAGCAUGGUGGAACUCUGAGAGGUUCAAGCUAACCAAAAGGCCAUACUCAGAGAGAGACGUGGUGUCCCUGAGAGGCAACCUGAGACAAAGCUAUGGCUCAGGCGAGAUGGCCAAAAAGCUAUGGCGCAUUCUGAAGAACCACCAAGCCAACGGCACAGCCUCAAGGACGUUCGGUGCACUCGACCCUGUUCAGGUCACUCAGAUGGCGAAGCACUUGGACACAAUCUACGUCUCAGGAUGGCAGUGUUCAGCCACUCACACCACCACCAACGAGCCAGGCCCUGACCUCGCCGAUUACCCUUACGACACAGUCCCCAACAAGGUGGAGCACCUCUUCUUCGCUCAGCAGUACCAUGACAGGAAACAAAAAGAGGAGAGAAUGAACAUGAGCAGGGAAGAGAGGGCAAGGACCCCUUAUGUUGAUUACAUGAGACCAAUCAUAGCAGAUGGUGACACAGGUUUUGGUGGCACCACUGCAACUGUGAAGCUCUGCAAGCUCUUUGUGGAGAGAGGUGCUGCAGGGAUCCACAUUGAGGACCAGUCUUCCGUGACCAAAAAGUGUGGGCACAUGGCAGGGAAAGUUCUGGUUGCCAUCAGUGAACACAUCAAUAGGCUGGUGGCAGCAAGGCUUCAGUUUGAUGUGAUGGGGGUGGAAACUGUGCUGGUGGCUAGAACUGAUGCAGAAGCUGCUAAUUUGAUUCAAUCUAACAUUGACACAAGGGACCACCAAUUUAUCUUGGGUGUGACCAACCCAAGCCUCAGAGGAAGAAGCCUGGCAGGUCUUAUGGCAAAAGGCAUGGCUGGUGGGAGAAGUGGGGCAGAGCUUCAGGCUUUGGAGGAUGAGUGGCUGUCAAAGGCAGAGUUGAAGACUCUGUCAGAAGCAGUUAUGGAAGCAAUAGAGAAACAGGAGAUUGGAGAGGAAGAGAAGAGAAGGAAGUUGAAUGAGUGGAUGCACCUUUCAAGCUAUGAAAGGUGCAUUUCCAAUGAGGAAGGUAGGGAAAUUGCAGAGAGGUUAGGAGUGAGGAAGUUGUUUUGGGAUUGGGAUUUACCUAGGACAAGAGAAGGGUUUUACAGGUUCAAAAAGUGUGUAACAGCAUCAGUUGUGAGAGGUUGGGCUUUUGCUCCACAUGCUGAUGUGAUAUGGAUGGAAACUGCAAGGCCUGAUGUGGGGGAGUGCAGAGAGUUUUCUGAGGGGGUUAGAUCAAAGCACCCUGAGAUGAUGCUUGGGUAUAAUCUGUCUCCAUCUUUCAAUUGGGAUGCUUCUGGCAUGAGUGAUGAGGAAAUGAGAGAGUUCAUUCCCAAGAUUGCAAAGUUGGGGUAUGUGUGGCAGUUCAUCACAGUUGGGGGUCUGCAUUCUAAUGCACUCAUCACUUCAACAUUUGCAAGAGACUUUGCCAAGAGGGGCAUGCUGGCUUAUGUUGAGAAGAUUCAGAGAGAGGAGAGGAACAAUGGAGUUGACACACUUGCUCAUCAGAAAUGGGCUGGUGCUAACUACUAUGACAGAUACCUCAAGACUGUCCAAGGAGGUGUGGCUUCAACUGCUGCAAUGGGAAAAGGAGUAACUGAAGAACAGUUUAAGGAAUCAUGGACUAGGCCAGGAGCUGUUGAUAUUGGUGGAGGCACUAUUGUGGUUGCUAAGGCCAGAAUGUGAAAGUGCUACUUCUGCUUAACUAUCCUUUGAGGGUGAAUUUGGGGCAAAUUCACUGAUUCUUCUGUUGGACUGGAACACAUGUUCUUAACAUUGAAUCAAUAUUUUGCUAUUUUUCGAUGAAUAACUUUUUUCUGUUUCUUACUUGUUCGGACUCUUGGGUGAGCAGAGAGAACAAGGAAAAUUUGUUUGGGUUUUGUAUUUUGUUUUACUCUUGCGGUUGAACAUGAUUUAUUUAGUGUGUAUUUGGAAUGGAUUUGUGGACAAGGAGCACAAAGAAAAUUUGUUUCUAUCGAUAA